ACUCAACUCGCUGCAAAAAUAAAAUCUUGACAGCACUGUUGUGCUCCUGCUUACAAAAAUCUGCCUGCUUAUAUUUUCUUUUUUUGAGGGAGGGAACAUGGAAACAUUGAAUAGUUUAUCCGAUCUGAAAGAGUCCGGGUUUGGUCGGCCGCCUCCCAGACACGGACUGAACUUGCUGUGGUGGUUUGCUCAGGAAUGUGUCCGGAUUGACUCCAAUCAACAAAUGACUGCUCUGUGCUACCCUGAAAAUGGAUGUUUUGGUUUUCAUCGAUUCUACAACAGGGAUAGACCUAAACUACUCCCACCCAUUAAUCUACCAUACUACGAGGUGGGCAACCUGCACAACCCUGGAUCCCUGCCCUAUUAUGUCAUAGAGAAUUACACUGGGUAUUUAGAUGACAGCAACUGUGAUCGCAUUAUUGUUUCUUAUAACUGGAGAUGGAAGAAGUUUGACAGCGUUUACGUGACUCGACACUCAGAUCAGAAGAACUUUGACCCCAAUUGCACACGCCAAAUAAGCCCUGAACUCAUGAAGACCAUAAAAGAGAUGAGGCGUGCUGAAUUUCUCAGUGAACGCAGAAAUCAACCUGAAUCUCACUACAUAGAAAUGCCUCAUUCAGUGCAGAGUGAAACCAGUGAUUGCCCAAAUAGAAAUUGCUGGAUUGGGGUGGGGUGCGCCAUUGGAGUGAUCUUCCUCAUCGUUAUGACUAUUGUUUUACUUUUUGUCUUUGGUAAAAUUUAAUUUUAAAGCUGAAAGUUGCAGCUUAUAGAACAUGAGAUUUUACUUAAUCAAAUAAAUGAAACACAAAUAC